UCGGCUUAACGCUCUUGAACGUUACGCAAUGCCGUUCUUGCUAGUUGGCUGGUCGACCUGACAAGCAGCUGAGGCAGGAUCUCACCGUCAAGCUUCACUCACAUUCAGGCUCCAGCUCUUCAAAUCCGAGAAGACGAGAUGGAGGAUUGAAAUGCACGAUCCUGCAAUGUUUAAGGGGUUACCAUUGGGGGCCUCACAGUGCCAAGUCGUUCAGUCUGGUUCUGCUGUUCGUGGGUCCACCCAAAUACGGUCAGCCUGCAGUCUGCAGCAGUAGGUUGACCCGGUGGCUGGCACUCAGUCCAACCUAAACAUCUUUCAAGUGUCUCUGUCCAAGUCGUCAAACCAACAUUGACCGACCCCUCGUUGCGCCGUCAACAUUUACUCCCGAGCAACCGCCCUCCACUCCAGACACUUCCUUUCCAGCGCCCGCGGCCACUCUGCCUCGUAUCCUUGCUGGUCUGAGAAAUAUCAUGACAGACCAGCGUACCUCCUCACCAACCUCCUCACUUCCACCUCCACCUCCACCAUCGCCCCCUCCCCGCCGCCUAGCUCCAGCUCCAGCUCCCGCCGUGACCCAAUCACCAACCCUUUCCCUCACUUUGAACAGCCUGACACCCUCCACCCCACCGCCAAACACCCCGGCAAACGCUCGACUUGUGCAGCUGCUCAUAUACAACGGCUGGCCGUUUGCCGACCACUGGGAGUACUUCAUCCCUGACCACUCGUAUACUAGUAGUGAUGCCGGGCCGGUGAACCCAGACUUUGGCACGCGGAUCCAGGCGGCUGGGAAUGUGCGGGACGGGUUUUGGCUUGAGGUGCACAGGGGUUGGGAUCUUGGCUGCGCCAGGGAUGGAAAUAGGCCGCCGGAUGGGAGGGUUGGGCUUGCGUGGGUUAAGGGGGAGUUGUUUGAGUCGUUUGAGGGUGAGGGUGCUGAUGGAGAGGGGGAUGGGCAUGGGAAUGGGCACGGGGAUGAAAGGGGUGAAAGGAGGGCCGCAAGUGAAAGGGAGCCUCGGGCACGAUGUAGAUUUGAGCAGAUUGUGUUGAGUGUGCCGGCGCCGGAGAGGAGUUUGAGGGCUGUUCAUGGGCAUGGGCAUCAUGAUGGUGAGGAGGCUGAUGCGGGGAAUGGCCGACGCAAGAAGAUUACGCAGCGAAACUGCCAGUGGUGGAUCAUCGAGUCCGCUGAGCGGCUGCUGAAGGAAGGGAUCUUUGAUCAGAGGGUUCCUGAAGCACUUCGGGCGGCGAAGCAAUAUUAG